AUGAUGGCUCCACACCAGGGUCAUCAGCCCAAGCGACACGGAGGAGGAUACGUCCCAGUUGGCGCCAAAUAUCAGCCUCGGUAUCAGUCCCGUACAGGGGAAAACACCGGCAAUUCGAAUGAACCGUCUCAGGAUUUCGCCGUUUCUGAGAAACCUAGGACCUUUCCCAUCCAGCGUGGUAGCCAUGGAGGAAGCUAUAUUCCUGGAAGGGGUAAAGAGACCCCGUGA